AGCCCAGAGUCAGCGACAGAGACAGUGGUGUCUGAUGGAUGGGGACAUUUACAUGUCUGAAGCAAGGUCCUGGUAUGACAGCUCAUCAUGUGGGGCAGACAUCAGGGCAGGACAUGGCAGCAAUCUUCCCUCUCAACUUCUUCUUCUUCUUUUUCUUUUUUGGCCACCCCACAGCAUAGGGAGUUCCUGGGCCAGGGAUCAGAUCCAAGCCACAGUCGUGACCAAUGCUGCAGCUGUAGCAAACACUGGAUCCUUUAAUCCACUGUGCUGGGCUGGGGAUGGAACCUGUGUCCUGGCACUGCAGAGACUCCACUCAUAAUGUCACACCACAGUGGGAACUCCUCAACUUCUUAUGUAUGUAUUUGUCAUGUAUUUUUCUUAAUGUUCUGAGAAGACAGCUGACCUGUCACAGAUUGUAGAGUCAUACUAAAAGAUAUGUAAGAGCAUCGGGAUAAUACAUUUGCCAUGUUCUCUCACUGCAGUGCCAUUCUUCUUUCCUUUAUAGUGGUUGCCCACAGAACGUGAUUAGAAAUUUAGCUCUUCUAAUUAUUAGCCUGUAAUUUCAUAGCUAUUUAUCCUCUCUGAGCUUUAAUUAUGCCAUCUGAAAUAACCAAAAUUAUAACAAUUAUAGCUGAACUGCAAGACCCUCAAGAACAUACCCGCAUAUUGAGGGCUUGCAUAUAUUUUCAGCAAAGCAAAAUUAAAUUAUACACAGUUAGUAAAAUACAGCAAAAAAAAAAAAAGGGGGGGGGAGGAUUCAUUUGGACCACCUGUCAGAUUUUUUUGGACUGAUACAUUUCUAACUUUUAACUCUAAUGGGUAAAUAGGUGAGCCAUGCCAGAUAAAAAUAUAUAUGUCAGGCUACUAGUAGUAGGCUGUUAUCGUUUGUGCUAUUGUAUAAAAAGUAUAAUAAAAGCUUGAUCAGUAAUCUGUAGCUCAAAGCCCGAGGGGCAAAUCUCAGCCCUCAUCUUCCCCUCCCCCUUCUCUUUUCUCUUACAGGUAAAAAGAUCUGUGUAGUUACUUAGACGCAGCAUUUUAGAACUGAAGCAAGAAACCGGACUGUUUAUCUCAGUGAGCCGCCGACCUUCGGGCUAUGCAUUAGAGCAUGAUUCCCAGGUUCGACAGCGAAGCAAAGCAAGGCACUGACCCUGGAAUCGAAGGGAAACAGAAAAGUCUUCGUAAAAGUCGUGCAGGGUUCACGGCUCUUCAUGGCAGCCGAGGGCUAAAAGGAAAAUUUAACCAAAACAAAAUCAAGAAGCUCUUCUACUCCUUGGCGUCUUGCAGUCUGUUCAGGGUGGUGUCUGGCAAACUGCAAAUCCAGUGCACACUGGAGCCUCAAGGGCAGGGAGCGCCGGGGUGCGGCCCUGUCCCUGGCGCCCGACCGCAGUGGAGCGCACACCCCUUUUUUGCAGACUCACAGGUUUCCAGGCCCCGCCUCCUCUGGGCACUGCUGAUCGCCGCGCUUUGGGCCCGGAAUCCAGACGUCCAGAGCCCUACGCCCUCGGUUCCCCACACUGGGCUCCAGGCGGGGCCCUCCUAGAGCGCUGCGAGCGGCGGGGUCCGCAGAGGAUCCGGGUCGGAGCCACGUAGCCUCCAGCUCCGUGGGGCUCGGGAAGGGAGGCGGGGCGGCCGGGCCGGGGGCGGAGUCGCGGCCGCGGCCGCCGCCGUGAGCCCGCCCCCUGCUCGCCCUCCCGGGCUAGCUGGCGCGGCCAUGGAGGUCUACAUCCCGUCCUUUCGCUACGAGGAGAGUGACCUGGAGCGGGGAUACACGGUGUUUAAGAUAGAAGUGCUAAUGAACGGAAGAAAACAUUUUGUCGAAAAGAGGUACAGCGAAUUCCAUGCCCUGCACAAAAAGCUCAAGAAAUGUAUUAAAACUCCAGAAAUCCCUUCUAAACAUGUUCGCAAUUGGGUCCCUAAAGUCUUGGAACAACGUCGACAAGGUUUGGAAACAUAUCUACAGGCUGUCAUUCUAGAAAAUGAAGAACUCCCCAAACUGUUUCUUGAUUUCCUAAACGUGCGACAUUUGCCCUCUCUACCAAAGGCAGAGAGUUGUGGGUCUUUUGAUGAGACAGAAUCUGAAGAGUCAAGCAAACUGUCCCACCAGCCGGUGCUGCUUUUCCUCAGGGAUCCAUACGUCUUGCCUGCAGCCAGCGGUAAUCAAACCUGUCAUCUGCUAACAGCUCUUUACUGAUCUGACCCUGCACCACAGAAACCGCGUUUUUAAUACAGAUUUUCCGAAUGUGGUUAUUGAAGGCGUUCUCCAUGGGAUAUUUUACCCUCACCUCCAGCCCAGGUAGAAAUCCUCCACAGCUAAAGGAAGCUGAAGCAAGUUUCGAAGUCAUAGUCAAGGAAAUCGAUACCUACCAAAUUAACCUAAACUCAAUGACAUAACAGCUCUCACUAGUGGUAAAAUUCACAGACCCAGCUUAAUUCAGGGCAGGGACAUUUCCAUUAGAAUGGUGCUUUUAAAAAUAGAACUGAACCAGGGGUUGCUGAGGUUAAGGUCAAGUGUUUAAGAAGUAGAACGUGGCUGCCAAUUUAGAAACGCAGGAAAAAAAGGCUAAAGGCGAUCGCUGGGAACUCCGAGUGGAGCAGAACCGUUACUCUCAGCUUCGGGCACACCGUUUGCUAAUUGAAAACCUUAUCCUGAAUCAGCAGGAGACUGAUCAACUUUGGUGGCUUUCUCGUUCUGAUUGUAUGACACACUAAUCUUUUCAUCAGGAGAUUUUUCUCAGCCAGUGAUAGAUACAUUCUGAAGUGCUGGCACCAAGAGAGCAUCACAGAAACACUGUACUAAAUGUGAACAGGGAACUAAACUGGAGCUGAAAUUAUACUGACAAUAGUAGGGCAUUUUAAAAAUCAUGGCAUUUUAAUUUGCAUUACAGUGAAGUUGUGACACCUCUGGGGAGGUGGGGGGUUAGCUUCUAACGUCAGCACAUAAGAUAAAAUGGGGUAUCCAGAUGGUCCUGAAAGCCCUUUAGGAUGGCGCCAUAUUGGGAAUAUCCAUCACAGCCAGUUUUUUCCUCAAGUGUUUGAAGAGAUACAACUCUUGAUUCAGUUAAAACCAGUUUUGAAGGUGAUGGUAUUUGUUUAGGGGCUGUUUUGUAUUAAAAACAUAGCUUUAAACACUAGAAUUAGACGUAACCUGCCAGAUGCCCUCUAAGAGACGAAUGUGAACUGACAGUGACUGAAGGAGCCCCAGACUGACAACACCCAUCUCAGCUUACUCGAGGGCAUCUGGUCCUUCAAUAGGUGGUUUUAUUGCCAGGUUAAUUGUUAUUUUCCUUACUCCUUAUCAUCUCCUUUUCACUGACCUCAUAUAUUGAAAUAAUGUAAAUUAAAUGUGUUUAUGAUGUAACCCCACUGUACGUCUUAGAGGCAUUCAUAUUUUGAGUGGUAAAAGAUAAAAACAUAUAUGCAGCCUAUAUGUAUGUGCUGUAUUUGGGCAUUUCCUGAAAAUGAAUUAACAGCUAGCCUAUUUAUGGUCAUUAGCUUAAUAAGCUUCUGUGUGGGAGAAAAAUAUUUAGAUUCAAAACUAAUAACUAAAUCAUGGUUUUUGAUUAGGAUCUAAAUAAACAGGUUUAAAGCUUGCUGCAAACUCUUAGAUAUUUGUGAAUAGAUGUGUUACUACAUGCUAGAAACAAGCAAGAACUAAAUAAUCAAGUGACAUCAAUCAGAAAUGACUGAAUAGUCAAGUAUUGGAGAUAUUUUAAAAAUGUUUUUGUUAUUAGCUGUUUUGAGUUAAAUAAAAUGAAAAACGUACUGGAA